GCAGGUACUGUUCUUCAAAAGAAGAACAUGGCUUAUCUAGUGAAUGAACCCUAAACUCCCAGACCAAAAACUGAGGUUUUUUUUCAUGAAGGAUGGCAACGCCAUAUGUUCCUGUUCCUAUUCCUAUUGGAAGUUCAUCAUCCAGCUUUACAAACAGAAACCAAAGAAGUUCUUUUGGGAGCAUCUCGACAAGUUCCAGCUCCUCAAAAGGACAGCUGGAGGACUCUACAAUUGGUAGUUUUAGAAAGAUGAGUGUUCCUGACCAGAUUGGUUCUACGUCGUCUGUGUGUAGUAGUCCGCUUGUUAGGACCAAAUUUACAGGUGUGGAUACAUCUGUAGAAUACUGUACUCAGCCUGCAGAGGAAAUAGAGCAGAACAGAGAUUCCAGGAGCUGGGAAGAUCGACCAUCCACGCCUACUAUACUGGGUUAUGAGGUGAUGGAGGAAAGAGCAAAAUUCACUGUAUACAAAAUACUAGUAAAAAGAAGUCCAGAGGAAAGUUGGGUGGUUUUCAGACGGUACACUGACUUCUCCAGGCUUAAUGACAAGCUGAAAGAUAUGUUUCCAGGCUUUCGGUUGGCCCUUCCACCAAAGCGGUGGUUCAAGGAUAAUUAUAAUCCUGACUUCUUGGAAGACCGACAGCUAGGGCUACAAGCUUUCCUCCAGAACCUCGUAGCUCACAAAGAUAUUGCUAACUGUCUUGCAGUGAGAGAAUUUCUGUGUCUGGAUGAUCCUCCAGGUCCUUUUGACAGUCUAGAAGAGAGCAGGGCUUUCUGUGAAACUUUGGAGGAAACAAAUUACCGUCUGCAAAAAGAGCUGCUUGAAAAACAAAGGGAGGUUGAAUCACUGAAGAAAUUGUUGAAUGAAAAGCAGCUUCAUAUAGAUGCUGUUGAAAGAAGAAUUAGGGAUUUAUCUUUAGGAAAAAUGACUCGUCAGAUGUCAGGAGAAGAAAGUGAGUGCAGUGGUGAGGUGGAGUCUUCUUCAGUAGAAGCAGACCAGGGUACCCUGGGUGAGGACAGCUGCUCAGAUAAAGAGACCCAUGAGGCAUGCUGGAGUGGCUCUUUGGCUGAAAAUUCUGUCCCAGAGAUUGAAGUUGCUGAGGUGGCGUAUUCUGCUGCUGAAGAGGGCUCCAGUUUGGCACAGUGUGAGUUCAUAAUGAGGGAGCUGGUAAACCUUCUGCAUGAAGGUCAGCUUCUGAUGUCCUGCAUGUCUGCAAGUCUAGAGCAGGGAGGCAAGCUGGGUGCCAAGGCAGCCAUGGACAGGGGAAGUGCCUGGUUUGAAAUCAAUAAGAUGAGAACACCUGAAGCUUCCCAGCAUCAACACUUGGCCAAAACUGCUGAAGGUCAGCAGUCAGAUGGUAGCUUGCCAAGGAGAAUACCUCCCUGCGAGUUACUCCCUCCUGCAGGGGCUCACGUGGAGCAUCACACUGCAUUCUCCAAAGCGGACUAA